AUGGUCGUGCUGGGAUACACUAUGCUGCAGGUGGGCUCGCUCGCGGUUCGCGCCGCGCGGCCGUCGCAGUCGACCGCGAUCAAGCGCCCGCGCACCGCCCGCGCACCCUCGCGCCGCGUGCUGGCGCGUGUGGCCGUGCAGGGCACCGACGGCGGGCCGGGUUUCGAGGACUACGAAUGGACAGGCGCUGACGAGUGGGAGCACGUUCAGGAUCGCCGCGACGAGCCCCCGCUGCCGAUUCCGCUCCUCGAGGGCCACCGCCGGGUGGCCAUCGUGCGGCACGGCCAGAGCACCUGGAAUGCGGUCGGGCGCAUCCAGGGGAGCUCGAACCUCGCCGUGCUGACCGGGAAGGGCGAGCACCAGGCCGAGAUUUCGCGGGACAUGCUCCAGAAUGACGACUUCGACAAGCUGUACACGUCGCCGCUCGCCCGCUCGGACCGCACUGCCGAGGUGAUCUGGGCCAACCGGCGCCCGCCCUUCGCGGAGCGCACUGUGCUGCCGUCGCUGAGGGAGGUCGACCUGUACGAGUUCCAGGGGCUCUUCAAGGCGGAGGGCAAGGCCAGGUACGGCGAGAGUUUCAGGGCGUGGCAGAAGACGCCCGCCGAGUUCGAGAUCCAUGGCCACGCGCCAGUCAGGGAGCUCUGGUGGCGCGCGAGCCGGGCCUGGCAGGACAUCCUCGACACCCCGGACUCGCAGUCCGCGCUCCUGGUCGUGGCCCACAACGCGGUGAACCAAGCGCUCAUCGCCACCGCGCUCGGCCUCCCGCCGACGCACUUCCGGCGCCUCCUCCAGAGCAACGCCGCGGUCACCGUGCUGGACUUCGAGCCGCGCAAGCACCCCGACGGGACCCCCGCGCCGCCGCGCGUCACAGUCGACAGGUUGAACCAGUCGCCCGACCAGCCGGUGCGCGCGCAGGGGUCCGGCCGGGCGGCCCAGACGCGGCUGUUUAUCGUCCGGCACGCCGAGACGGACGGGUCGAGCGACGGCGUGCUGCUCGGGUCGAUCGACGAGGCGUGCAACUACGUGGGCGAGGACCAGGCGGCUGCGACGGCGGCGAUGCUGGCCGAGGGCGACGUGCGCGCGGUGUUCUGCAGCCCGUCGGCGCGGACGCGGGAGACGGCGACGGCGAUCGCGGAGCGCGUGGGGCUGUUCGCGGACGGGGGGAGCAGCGUGCCGGCGGUGGAGGAGGUGGGGGGGCUGUCCAACAUCAACCUGGGGGAGUGGGAGGGGAAGAAGAUCAUGGACGUCAAGGGAACGGGGCUGCCGGGAGAUGCUGAGGCGCGCGAGGCGUUCUGGGCGCGCAUCUCAUCCGCGUACGGGACGGUCCUCGCGGAGGCGGGCCGGCGCGGCGGCGACGCGGUGCUGGUGACGCACGCGGCCGUGCACGCUGCCAUCCUGUGCACGGCGCUGGGCCUCAGCCACGAGGAUCUCUCGCGGUUCCGCAUCGGCACCGGCGGCGUCACGGUCCUGGAGUUCCCUGACGGCAUCGACGGCGACGCUGUCGCGCGUUGCAUCAACUACACUGCGCACCUAGGACCCGCCGCGGUGCCGGUGACGGUCGACGACCUCGAGCUGGUCUGCGGCAUCGACGGCUGCUUCUGA